AUGGGCUCCGAUCUCAGCCAGAAUCGCGUGAAGCCCAAACCUGCGAACCGCUCCUCAAAGCGCCGGGCAGCCCCCAACAUGCCGGCUGCGAAAACCACCUCCGCGGGCAGUCGGCCCAUCACGGCGCCAGUGGUGAAGCGACCCCGGCAGAGGCGUGAGCGAGAUGAUCGUUCAAUCACUCGCAUGUCAAGCGAUACCUCCGAUACCCCCAUUUCCCUACCACGCCCCUACCGAUCUCCAUCGCCUGAUCACCAUUCCGGGAACAGCGCCAGUGCUGAGUCCAAUACUAAGGCCACCAAUCUCGGGGCCGAGAUCGAGAUCUUGCGCACCCAGCUUCGCGCAGCCAAAGCCGAAGCGAAGACGUACCAAGACGAAAACGCGGAUCUGAACUACCGCAUCAUGGAGGCGGAGCGCAGGGCUGAGAAGGCAGAGACGGACGCUGCGGCGGCCAAGAAGCGGGCCAAGGAUGCAGGGAGGACCCUGGGCCAGAUCUCCAAGCUCAAGGAGGCCGCUAAGCGCCGUUGGCAAGAGCUUGAGGUAGAACUCAAGCUGGCUGAGGAUGAGGCUGAGCUGGCUACGAAGGGGAAGGAGGAGGCGGAGAAGCUCGUCGAGGCGUACAAGCUCGUGCUCAAGAACCAUGGGCUGCUCGCCGGCGGUAUGGUGGGCGCAGCUAGUGCCGGUCGCGAUGGUGCAUCAACUGAGGUUACGGAACCCAGCUAUGGCGACGUCGAGCCCAUCAUACAUGAGUGA